AAGCCUGAAACUGUAACCUUUAUCCAAACAAAGAAAAUCAAAACCAAAAUGGCGGGCAUUAUCGGAGUUCGUGCCUAUAAAUACCGUCUGCAUUUUCGUCGCUUCCACACCGCCUGAACGCCGAACUCCACCGAAACCCCUUCUCUCUCUCUCUCUCUCUCUCUCUGCAAAUUCACGGGACUUCACGAAGCAAUGGCCUGGCCGGAUCAAGAAGCCGUCGAAACCUUCAUGAGAAUCACCGGUGCUUCCGAGUCUCUCGCCCUGCGCAAGCUCGAGGAAUAUAGAGGUGAUAUCAAUGCAGCUGUCAAUGCUCAUUUCAGUGAAGGGUACAGUUUCAAUCGAUAUGUUGCUCCCACCAUCCCAGAGCAAAACUACACAAAUGCAAAUGGUGGGAGUCAAGGUGGACAAUAUGGGCUUUCGCCACUUCUUAAUGCUGCCAGAAGUUUCAGUCCAUCAAGCCUUCUUGAUCCCAAUUAUAGAAGACAUAUUUUUGACCAGAUGCGUAGAUACCCAUCAUUUGGCCCUCCAUCUUCUAGUACACAUUCACAACCAGGAGGCAUGGGGUCAGUUCCUUCAGGGUUCAAUUCCCUUCUGGCGCAACCAUCUCAUCAAGCAUGGAGGGGUACCUUUGAAGGUGAAAAUCACAGUUCAUCAUUCAGUAAUCAGAAAACAGAGAGAGACACUGAGGAUGAAAUGCUUAGAGCUGCUAUUGAGGCUUCAAAACAGGAUUCUGAUGCUGAGCUCUUACAAAGACAACUUCAGCGAGAGGAUGAUGAUCUUGCUCAUGCAGUUUCAUUGUCGUUGAGGAUAGCCGAGCAAGAGAAAGCAGUCCGCGAGCUGAUGCCAGAGAAUAAAGAUGAAGCUUCAAGCAUAGGAAGGGGUGAACCCAGCAACAGUGGACCAAAGGAGAGCAAGGGAGGGACUACUACUCAUCACCAGCAUGAUCAAGAUCCUUUCUAUCCUAAUGAGAGCUUGAAGUGGGGUGGCAUCAAUUCGAAGGAGUUAAGUGAAGCAGUUUUGCUUGAAUCUGCCAUUUUUGGGGGAGUUUCUGAAGACUUCUCAGAGAACUCUGUGCCAGCAUCUCAUUUGCAAAAUGAUAAAAUUCAAGGCACAAGUAAGGGCACUGAUCUGCAAUCUGUACCAUGUUUCUCAAUACCAUCUUCAUCAACAGAGCAAUCACAACAGCAACAAAAGGACACUGGAAGAAAUUUAGCUGUGCAAGAAGCACCAUUUCCUCCGGAACCAGAAAUAGAUAAUAAAGAUUCAGUAACCCUUCUUCUUCGAAUGCCAGAUGGACGUUGCCAUCAGCGCCGCUUUCUUAAUUCAGACAGGCUUCAACUUCUUUUCAACUUCAUUGCUGACAAAUUGGCUAUGCAGCCUGGCACAUAUAAAGUGGUAAGGCCAUAUCCCAGGUGCGCCUUUGGAGUUGAAGAUGGUUCAAUGAUGUUGAGAGAUCUCGGCCUCACUGGCAAGCACGAAGCCUUGUAUGUGGAGAUAAUAUAAUAUAGCAUUUUCCACCUACCACUUUUGAACCCAACUGAACCAAUGGGUGGUCAUGCAGACAGGUUCUCAAGCUCAAUUUAGUUUAUGUAUAUGAAUAGGUCUGUCGGUGGCUAAAAGAAACAAGAAUUCUUUGAAAAAGCUAACCAAGAGGCUGUUUGAAUGAUCUUAAUCUAUGUUUCUUAUUAGAUGAUUGAUUGAUUGAUUGAUUAUGUCUGUUUAACUUCGUUGACUUCAUUAAUUAUAUUCUGUGUCAGAUUUGAAUCCUGACAAAAGUUGUUUGGUCAACGUCCAUGUUUUAUCAUUAUCACAAAGGAAUUUCAACGUUUGAGUCUUGCAA